AUGAUUCAGAUGAAGAUUUGUAUGCUUUUUGAGCAACAGGAAAUACAAAAUCCUACUCAAAUGCUUACCAUGAUGGUAUCACCUGGUCCUGUCCAACCAAGGACACGCAUUAACAUUCAUAGAAAUUGCGAGAUGGCUCACAAUGAUCUUGUGCGAGAUUACUUUGCACCAAAUUGUACUUACCCUUCUCACAUGUUUUGGCGAAGAUUUUGUAUGCGACGGGAAUUAUUUCUAAGGAUCAAGGACGAUUUAGGAGCUACAGACACGUAUUUUCAGCGUCUUUCUGAUUGCACCAGACGAUUGGGUUUAUCUGCUAUUCAAAAGAUGACGGCUGCACUUAGAAUUCUUGCAUAUGGUGGUCCAAUGGAUAGUCUUGAUGAAUAUAUCAAAAUUGGUGAGUCAACUGCAAAGGUAGCGUUUAACAAAUUAUGUGAAAAUACUUUGGUUUUGUACAAGGAUCAAUAUUUGAGGACACCUACCAUGAAUGACACUAUGCACCUAAUGGAAGAAAAUGCAGCAAGGGGAUUCCCUGGCAUGAUAGGAUCACUUGAUUGCAUGCACUGGGAGUGGCGUGGGUGUCCUUCCGCUUGGAAGGGUCAAUACCUUGGUCACACUAGAUCUGCUGUGAUAAUCUUGGAAGCAGUAGCCUCGUAUGACUUAUGGAUUUGGCAUGCAUUUUUCGGUAUGGCCGGUUCCCACAAUGACAUUACUGUAUUACGACACUCUCAUAUUUUCAACGAUUUCAUAAGAGGUUGCACGCCAAAUGUACCAUUCAUUGUCAAUGGAUCCGUUUACCACACGCCCUAUUAUCUGGCGAAUGGAAUUUAUCCAUGA